CUGUGUGGGUGCUCCGUGGCUGGCGGGAAAAUCGAUCGAUAUUGUUAAGUUGUGUCGGCGGUCGGACGUGUAGUCGUGUAUCACCUUGCAUCAAACGAAAAUAAUGUUCAGACAAUUUAUUUAAAAGUAUAACUUAUAUCCAUACAGAAAAAUGGCUUCAUAUCUCGUUUUGUGCCUUGCUUUCUUACUUACAACGUCAGCGGAAUUUGUUUGGAGACAUCAUAAUAAUGAGCAACUACCCGUAGUGCUCGAAGAAGUUCAUGCGAAAUGUCCUAAUAUUACUAGAGUUUACGCAUUAUCCGAGCCAUCAGUGUGUGGUGUUCCAUUGUACGUUAUAGAAUUUUCGGAUACACCUGGAUUCCAUCAGCCUUAUAAACCUGAAGUAAAGUAUGUUGGGAAUAUCCACGGAAACGAGGUUUUGGGCCGUGAAUUGCUUUUGGGCUUGGCACAUUAUCUUUGUGAUCAGUACAACAGUCAGAAUCGUCGAAUUCGCGCACUUAUUCAUUCAACGCGGAUCCAUCUGUUACCCUCCAUGAAUCCAGAUGGCUGGCAAUCAUCCACAGACACUGGUGCUGUAGAUUACCUUAUUGGUCGUACAAAUAACCAUUCAGUGGAUUUAAACCGGAACUUCCCAGAUUUGGAUGCCAUAACAUUUGAGUAUGAACGCCAGGGCAUAAACCAUAACAACCACUUGUUAAAGGAUUUGACCCGCCUGGCUGCACCGCUGGAACCUGAAACCCGGGCUGUGAUGCGCUGGAUCAUGUCAGUACCAUUUGUGUUGAGUGCGGCAAUGCAUGGUGGUGACCUCGUGGCUAACUAUCCUUAUGAUGAGAGUCGAAGCGGUGCACCAGUCUCAGAAUACUCGGCUAGCCCCGACGAUGAUACAUUCAGGGAGUUAGCAAUGACCUACGCCUCGGCCCACGCCGACAUGGCUUCGGCUACCCGUCGCGGAUGUCACACGACCAGUUCUGAUGAAUCUGCCACAUACAACUUUGGCAAACAAGGCGGAGUCACUAAUGGAGCUGCUUGGUAUAGUUUGAAAGGAGGUAUGCAAGAUUUCAACUAUCUUGCCACAAACGCAUUUGAGAUCACUCUUGAACUGGGCUGUGAAAAGUAUCCUCCCGAAAGUGCUCUGGCCAGCGAAUGGGAGAGGAACCGCGAAGCUUUGUUGGCGUACAUUUGGAAAGCUCACACUGGCAUCAAAGGAAUAGUUUCUGACGACUCCGGCUUCAUUCAAAACGCCAUCAUUUCUGUCGUUAACAUCACUGGACCAGUGCCAAGGCCUAUCCGCCAUGAUGUCACCACAGGUGCUUACGGCGACUACUACCGGCUGUUGACCCCAGGUCACUAUGAAGUGACAGCUAGCCACCCUGGGUAUUUCCCAGUGUCACGCGUGGCGACCGUACCCCGAUACCAGACUGCCGCUCAUGUCCUGAACUUUAAACUUGAGCCUACUACCAGCUGGUUUGACGAUGAAACCUCUUUCGGCGUUUAUCCCCAUGGAUUGCGUGACGGCCAGCCUAGGAUAUACAAACGAUCUCUUUACGAACAGGUUGCGAAGACCAUGCUAGAGAAGAAAGAACCAGAGAAACAAUAAGUUACCACGCACUUUGAAAGUUUUUAAAUAAAUGGCGAGACAGUUGAUUAUUAUAUUUACUUCAGCUAUGUAUGUAUAUAGCUUGUUAAGAUUCAAAGGGGUAAUUUAGAAGCUAUGUAUUAUAUUAAAAUUAUGAACUUUGUUAUCAAUGUUUGGCGACUUCAAGUUACCGCGUUCACAGCACACUCAAUUUUAUAGGACACUAUUUUGUUAAAAUAUAUGACGUGCCAUAGGAAGCUGGAUCUGUUAAAAGUGUGAUUUGAUCUGAACUACGACUUAGCACCUAUCCAUCGAUCUUUAGUUAUAUUUUAUGUUACAAAAUAAUUAUUUUAUUACAAUUUUUUUCGAUCAUUUUUGACAUAUUUUUUGUUGGAGUGGCUAGCAGCUGAAAGCCCAUUAAAAGGAAAUAUUUUUAGAUCUUUAUAAUCUUAAUGUUUAUAGUUUAUUGUUGCACAUGACCAGGAACUUUCUAGUCCAAUUUUGUAGUCCUUUUCAAGUGUACGUAACUUAGGAACAUUUUUGAAUAUCUACCUAUUAUAGUAAUUAAUUGUAUAAGCGGGCAUAAUUAUUGUUGUCAAUACCUCUAAUAAAUAAGUAAUAUCAAAGUAUGAUUAGGAGCAAAUCUAUUUUUAUUUCAUACUGUAAAUUUUGGCAACUGUUUAAAAAAUAUUGUUCUAUAGUAAAUAUGAUAUGCAUAAAUGAUGUAUUCUAUAAAUAGAUUCACGGUAUUAUAAUGUUAGAUCCAUCAAUAAAAUAUGAUCGGUGUGCAAA